CAGCCGCGGCGCCCGGCAGCGCCUCUGCUGCGUGCGCUCCCUCCGCUUGGUACGGCCCACCCCGCCGGGGAUCAUGGCGAUUGAUGGUGGAGAACGAACUUGUGGUGUACAUGAACUGAUCUGCAUUAGAAAAGUAUCUCCGGAAGCAAUUGGAUUCCUGUCUGCAGUUGGGGUGUUCAUUAUUCUCAUGUUGCUACUUUUCCUAUAUAUUAAUAAGAAGAUGUGUAUUGAAAAUGUUAGUGGUUUCCCAGAUCUCGAUUCAGGAUACACUACAAGAAAGAAUUCACAAGAUAAACUUUACAAUUCUUAUAUGAGUAAAGACCAGCAUGGUUCAUCAUCUGAGAGCGAAGAUGAAGCACUGGGUAAAUAUCAUGAGGCCUUGUCUAGAACCCAGAGUUCCAGGCUGCCAGUGGUGGAUGGCAGACAGCAAAAAAACUAUAUAUGGGAAACCAGACAGAAAUAUAGUCCCCUGUCUGCAGAAUAUGAUGGAUACAGUAGUGAAGCCUCAAUAGAUGAAGCAAACUGCAUUCAGAGGAUGAGAAGAACGCCUCCGCUGGAUGAACUGCAGCCGCCUCCAUACCAGGAUGACAGUGGCUCUCCUCAUCUUUCCUGCACGCCUUCCGAAGUGGGAGACAGCAAAUGUGAAUAUUCCCAGUGUAGCAACAGCCCAAGGUGCUCCUAUAAGUGCCCAAGUGAGGGAAGCACGGGACAUGAAAUAGAAAGCUUUCAUAACAAAGGAUACGAAGAGGAUGUUCCGAGUGAUAGCACAGCGGUUCUUAGCCCAGAGGAUAUGUCAGCUCGAGGAUCAUCUUCACAGCUUCCUAAACCUUUUGAUCCUGAGCCAGUAGCUAAAUAUGGCACACUGGAUGUGACUUUUGACUAUGACUCACAGGAACAGAAGCUUUUGGUGACAGUGACAGCUGUCACAGACAUUCCAACAUACAGCAGGACAGGUGGAAGCUCGUGGCAAGUACACCUAGUUCUUCUCCCUAUAAAGAAGCAGAGAGCAAAAACCAGCAUCCAGCGGGGACCGUGCCCUGUCUUCACAGAGACAUUCAAAUUUAAUCACGUCGAGUCGGAGAUGAUUGGGAAUUAUGCGGUUCGCUUUCGACUCUACAGCGUACGGCGCAUGAAAAAAGAGAGGAUUGUGGGAGAAAAGAUUUUUUACUUGACAAAAUUGAAUCUUCAAGGGAAGAUGUCAGUGCCAGUGAUACUGGAACCUUCUUACAGUCUGCCUGGCUGUGACUCUCAAAUGAGCAUGUCAGAAGUGUCCUGCAGCGAAAGUACCUCCUCUUGUCAGUCUCUGGUACAUGGCUCAGCUCCAGAAAUCCUUAUUGGCCUCCUUUAUAAUGCUACAACUGGAAGAUUAUCAGCAGAAGUGAUAAAAGGCAGCCACUUCAAAAACUUGGCAGCGAACAGACCACCCAACGGACUGUUCUGUUGUCUAAAACACUUGAUAGGUGGACAGGUUUAUAUAAUCCGAGACACGUAUGUGAAGCUAACACUGCUGAACUCGAUGGGGCAGGAGAUGUCCAAGUGCAAAACUUCCAUCCGCCGAGGGCAGCCGAACCCCGUGUACAAGGAGACCUUCGUGUUCCAGGUGGCCCUGUUCCAGCUGUCGGACGUGACGCUCAUCCUGUCCGUGUACAACAAGCGCAGCAUGAAGCGGAAAGAGAUGAUCGGCUGGAUCUCCUUAGGGCUCAACAGCUCGGGAGAAGACGAGCUCAAUCAUUGGACUGAGAUGAAGGAAUCGAAAGGACAGCAAGUCUGUAGAUGGCACACUUUGCUGGAAUCCUAAGGGAUGGUAGAAAGUGCAGCUGUGGUUCUCAGGGAGCUUGUUCUCCCGGGAAGAUCAUCCCUGGUCGCAGCCAGCAGACGCGUUGUGGGAGUGAAAAAUGGAAACUGCGGUCAACAUUCCAUCACAAAGGAUGCACAACCUGCAACAUGGUGGGAUUUAAAACGGAAUCUUCACUUGGUGUCAUGGACUUCCUUGGUGUCAGAGGAGCCUUGCUGUACACAGAUAGCGGUCCCUUCCCCAUCCACCUGAUGCUGUAUUUGUUUGGGUUUGUUUUGUGGUUUUCAAUUCAGAAACAUUUUGUGCGAGGUUCUCCAAAUUAAUGUAAGCUCCUCCUUGUGUACCUUUUGUAUUGCUUUAAUACUGUAGCUUCUGACCUGCCUGCAUUCAGAUUAAAGGUCAAUAGUUUGCACUUCGAGAAAAAGUUAAUGGUCUGUAAAGCAAAAGCAAAAAAAAAAAAAGAAAAA